AUGGAAGCGACACAGGAAUCGACUCAGCCAUGUGCUGACCCCCGUCGGAUGGGACUGAACAACUCCGGACUUCAAGAUCAAGAUCUGGCCGACAUCAUCUGUAUCCUCCAUCCGAACUCACACGCGGCGCACAAUGCGGUGGCGGCGACGGCAAGCUUAGGCGACCAGCACAUUCUCCAGAAAGAUGUCUUGGAAAUGGAGACUUCGGAGACGGCAGCACUGGACGUGGCACUAAGGCUAUCCUCAGAUGUUCACGAUCUUGGCGCCGGCUUUUGCUUUGGGCGCAACAAGGCGCGCUGUGAUGUCCUCCUGGCCGUUGAUGAUGAAGCUAAACGAGUUUCCAACACUCACUUCCGCAUCUAUCUGACUGGCGACGGCAUCAUCAUGCUUCAAGAUACCUCGACCAAUGGAACCAUUGUAGACAACUGCCGACUUCGAAAGAGCCAGAAGGAAAACAGCCGCAUGCUUACCAACGGCUCAGUCAUACAAGUUGUCACUGGUAACAAUGGCUCAGACGAGGUUCGCUUCGUGGUCCGGAUUCCCUCUCGCGAAGGGUUUGCCAUGCAAUACACGCAUAAUUGCCUUCGAUACUUUGAGCGAGUCCAGCAGGUCGUCAAUGCUGCUGGUCAUCACCAGACUCGGCCUGGGCCGCCGCCUGUUCUCUCGUGGUCCGUUGCUAACAGUCACGGCAUGCAUUGGACGGGCGCUCCGACAUACAAUGUCACUGGCCAGAUCGGAAAGGGUGCAUUCGCUACCGUAUACAAGCUUGCCACUAAGCAGCAUGGAGCAAUCUUUGCAGCGAAGGAGCUCGACAAGCGACGUUUCAUGAAGAACGGCAUACUGGACCAGAAGGUCGAUAACGAGAUGAAGAUUAUGAAGGACCUCACACAUCCAAAUAUUGUUCAAUAUAUCGAUCACCACGAGCACGACCGAUGGAUUUACAUCAUCAUGGAAUAUGUGCCUGGGGGCGAGUUGUCGACCUACCUGUCAAGCCAUGGCAAGAUCCCCGAAGAGAUGGUCAGAACGAUUGCACGCCAGCUUCUUCGUGCGCUGCACUAUUGUCACAAACGACGCAUCACGCACCGUGAUAUCAAGCCUGACAACAUCCUUAUUGCAUCUCUGGAUCCGUUGCGUGUCAAGUUGUCUGACUUUGGGCUGUCAAAGGUCACGCAAGAAGAGACAUUCCUGAAGACCUUCUGUGGCACACUGCUGUAUUGCGCGCCAGAGGUAUAUCCUGACUAUGAACAAUACCGUCGCGGCGAACUGAGAAAGAGACGCCGUGUUGGAGAUCCGCCGCCAAAGACAUCUCCAUACAGCCAGUCCGUCGAUAUGUGGUCACUCGGUGCAGUACUGUAUCAUGUUCUUUCUGGCGUGCCACCAUACUCGGGGCGUGCUGAAGAUCGAGGUGUACAUAUGCUUCGCACUAUCAUGGAGUCACAGGCGGACUUUGACGUUCUGCGCCGUGCUGGUGUAUCCGAAUCCGGAGUCAGUUUCGUCGCCCAGUUGUUGAACAGAGAUCCGUUUUGUCGUCCAACAGAGAAGGAAUGCUUCCAGUGUCCCUGGAUCUCCGAGGUACCUGAUGUGGAUGAGUAUCCGGGCGACGACGAUAUUCUUGGUGAACCCCAUGAGGGUCUGUCCGUUAUUGGCGAGGCAGAGGAGGAGCUCGAUGCGUCGCAGCUAUCCAUCCGAGAUGACCAGGCUUACACGUAUGGCGAGGAAGAAGAGGGCAGUAGUAAUGAAGGACUCUCUAAAAAGCCGCGCAUUGAAUAUGUUGCACCGGAUAUUCGCUACCCCUCGCUUCCCAGAAUCGAAAGUUUUCAAGACGGUCAAGUUGUUGCCGAACACCAAGCCCGACGACUCUUCGGCGAAGUGAACUCGUCCGCCUUAUGCAGCUCCCACGCACUGGGCAACCCUGGUUCUUGGAACGGUGACGAGUUUGACAUUGAAGGCUUCGCCUCUUCUGGUGAGUCCAUCAGUGAUGAUCGCAGCGUCUAUUCGAUCAUUUCUCUCCCAGAACACCCGUUCGGCGGCACCGCACCCAGUUUAAUGGGCGCCGAGAACCUCGUUGGACGACUGAACAUGAAUUCCUCGUAUCCUUUCCUCCAUCCUCAGGCCGGCCCGGUUAACGUGAAAUCGACUCGGCAGACGAGCCCUUGGCAAAGCAAGGACCCCACGAUGGCAGGUAGCGUAUGUCGUGAAAACUCACCCUCCAGCGACAACGUCGACACCACUCCGAAGGCGCCGCCACGCCAGCACCGUCGACGUAUCGGAAACUACACUCCCUCCACUGCCAGUGAACAAUCCAGUGUCAACGCCGAGAGCGUUCCCUACGAUCCCGCCUCACCUUCAUACGUCCCCGGCGAAGGUUUCGAUCCUGAACUUGCAACCACCCUCGACGCUCAAACCGGUCAGGCUAUCAUGGAGCAGCUCAACACAGCCGAGAUUGAAGCAUCCGAGCCGAUUGUUCACCAGCCCGACGAACUCGCCAUUUUGCGCACUCUGUCCCCGGAAGAGUUCACCAAACCACCCAAGCUCCUGGGCAGACUGAAGAGUACUCCAGGCUCGAUCCUUGAUGUGAACAUCCGACUUGAACGACGAAUGACUUCAUGGGGCCGUGGCUCAAGCGCCACAUUCCAGCAUCCUGAUCCAAUGGACGUCCGAAUCCCCGCCUAUGCCGUGGAAGUCACCUUCUGGGUGAAGGGAAUGGAACUCCAAAUCGCGCGAGGCAAAGACUGGACAGAAAUCCCCGGCGUGGCAGCCAUUCUCUCCACAAAAGCACGCAAGGGAAUCUGGGUCAACGGUACUGAGCUCCACAAAGCCGGGUCAGAGGACAUGCAAUACGGCCAUUUGUACAAUGGAGAUAUCAUCACGAUCUACAGACACAAGGACGCCUAUCUCGAUCUACAAUGUGAAUUCUACCACGGCGAAAGCGCGCAGCCCCGCCCAGCUCACGAGUCCGGCUUUGUGGUUCGCAAGGCGCUGCUUGGCAAGUCGGACAGAGCUAACCGCAUGCCCGUUCGGACGAACCCAAAGAAGGAAGCCGAAUAG